GAUAUAAACAGCUGUGAGAUCCAGAAGAAGAACUGCACGUGGCUCAUGGUAACGCAUGAAGCGUGCACCAAAGGCGAUGUGAUGACAGCACUAGAGAAAGCCACCGGUGACGUUGUGCUCAAGUUUGAACCAUUCGUUCUUCAUGUGCUGUGUCGAGAGCUGCAGGAUGCACAGCUUCUGCAUUCGGUGGCUGUUGAUUCUGGGUUCAGGAACUCUGGUAUUACAGUUGGCAGAGGAGGAAAAAUUAUGAUGGCUGUCCGGAGCACUCAUUGCUUAGAAGUUCCAUUAAUCCACAAGGGGAAAUUGAUGGUCUCCGAAGAAUAUAUUGAAUUUCUGAUACAUAUAGCUAAUCGGAAAAUGGAAGAAAACAUAAGGAGGAUUGACAGGUUCCACAAAGGCUUAGAGUUAGCUUUGAAAAGUGCCGUCAGUGCAAACAACUCGCCUUCUGAGGCGGCAGAGAAGAAUCGCUCUGUGUACAUUCACAGAAGAAAGAGGAAGACCAUUCAAGAACACAGUGUACACACCUCUCCAGAGGAUCACAAUGAAGAAUUGGAGCCUGAAGAUGACACAGAAAGCAGUCUCGAUAUUUUUGCUGAAAUCACGAUAUAG